GGACAACUGCCUUUGCUAGCUCGGCUCAAUCCCUAGCAAACGAUACCGCGCCUACAUCGCCGUAUCGCGUGGUCCUACUUCUGCGCGAUGGCCUUCUUUCCCCUUGCUGCCUUGGCAACGCUUGUCAGUUGUCGGGGGGAGCACGUGGACGUGGACCUGGAAGACCUCAGCAUGUCGCUGCUGCAGCAGAAGCAUCGGGUGGGAGACUGCUCGGGGGGCUAUGGGCCUGGGCAGCACAUUGUGCAGUUGCCGGAGAUCCAGCGCCAGUUCUUGUUCAUUGUGCCGCGGGACCACGCACCUCUGGCCAAGAUCCCGGCCAUGAUGUUCUUCCAUGGCAUGUACCAGUCUCCCUUCUUCUCUCUGCGGCUGCUUGGCCUGCCGGACCAGCUGGAGCGCUACGGCUGGUUCGGCAUCCUCCCCUGGGGCAUUCCGGAGAAUGAGACCACCAGCAUGGGUGGGCAGCGCCAGUGCUGCGCGCAGCUGUGCGGGGAUGACCUGAACUGUUGCCUGGAGUCCAGGUUUGUCAUGUACCAGGACGAGGGUGCGUGUGGUUUCCCACCCGAGAAAAACGAUCUGAACCUGCGGUUUGUGGAUGCCAUCUUCGAGUGGAUGGCCCGGGAGACGUGCAUCGACACAUCCAAGGUCUUUGCCGGGGGCUUCAGCUAUGGGGGCCACUUUGCGCAGGUGCUGGCAUGCCACAGGAGCCAUCUCUUCCAGCUCUUGGCCCCCAACGCCUCACCCGACUUUCCAUCCGAAUUCUCCUGCGAGGGUGCGAGGCAUCGGCUUCUCAUGUUUUUUCGGUUUGCUGUACGGCCUUGGUUGGCUGCUUGCGGUUCUGGCUUGCCCUCUUCAUCGCAAUGUGCAAUGUGCAGUUCAUUGCAGGCCGAUAUCUUACAUCAACUACUGCGGCACGGCGGACGCCACGAGCUGCACGUUGCGCUCCGCGCGUCUGGGGGUGCUCUUUGCAAAGCAGAGCCGUUGCACUGCCCAGCAGCACCGCCGUCAGUCGGCCACGGUGAGCUGCACUGAGUGGACGGGCUGCGCAGAGGACCACGUGGUGAUGGACUGCCGCUGGGAGGGCGACCACGACGUGCCGGGCAGGCACGCGCCCGACGGCACCUCAGUCCUCCGCCCAGCCUCGGACAUCGACUGGACAAAGUACAUCUUUGAGCAGUUCUCCUUGCGGGUUGACCCACACCAAAUCCUCUUCUACGGCCGCCCGACACCAGAGGAAGAGGAGCAUAAGAUGGCGGUAUGGCCACCCAAAAAGGGAACGGACCAUGUGUACCUGCGCCAGGCAUUGCUGAAGCGUGGCUUGCUCACCUUAGACGAGUGAGCUCGGCCAGCGACUCCUUCGUUGACUUCGCACAGCAUUCUCCGAGACUUUGAAGUUACAAGUUGAGAGGCGAGAAUUGAUGCCACGGACUCACUCACCGUGUAAUCUUGACCAGUCGGUUCCUGAGCACCUUUCGCGGUCUAUCACACCCAUCCAGUGUUACCAUGAAGAUGAAGAAGAGAUGAGGAGAGAGGGAGGUUUGAGCGAGAGGAGUGGGAUGAAACAGGUGCGGGCCAGGAGGA